AUGGCUGCCAACAAUGCCAAAAGCAACCCUCCCGUCAUACUGCCCACCAGUGAUAUUGAGUCCCAGCGAGAAAUCGAAUCGCACGACACGACUAUCGUCGAUACGCCCACACCUGGCAACGAGGGUGCUGGCAUGAGAGACAAUUCCAAGGUCCCCCAUCUAUCCUUGCUGAAACUGUUCUGGUUCUUCUUCUACAACUUCGGUCUCUUCGCCUGGGGAGGUCCUGUAGCGCAAAUCGCCCUCAUCAAAGACCGACUCGUCAUCCAAGACAAAUGGAUUACCCUUGAGAGGUUCCAGCGUGUCUUCUCAGUGUAUCAAAUCCUUCCUGGCCCCGAAGCCGUCGAGCUUUGCAUGUUUUUCGGAUGUCUGUCAGCUGGCAGGAUCGGUGGUAUUGUUGCCGGCACCGCAUUUAUCCUUCCAGGCUUUCUACUCAUGCUCCUUGCCUCAUACCUCUAUUCCCUGGCUGGGUUAGAGAAUAAGUAUUUCAAUGGGUCUUUCAGGGCCCUACAACCAAUUGUGGCUGCAAUGGCAAGCGCGCCUCGGCCCUAUCUGGCAUUGACGUUUCUCGACUUACUCACUCACAAAGUCAAUCAAUAUCUCAUCUUGGCCGCCCUCUUCACGGCACUUAACAGUGCGUUGCGCAUCAAUAUUUUUAUCUCUCUUGGCCUGUAUGGGAUCAUAUACUCACUCAUAGCACGGCGCCUAUGGAUCCCGGCUGUCCUUCUUUUUGUGCUCCAGUAUGUUGGAUACGCGAUUUAUGUCGUCUUUCGCGGCGUUCCGUCGCCAGUCUCUCUUGCUCUGGGAAUAGCAAAGACUCCAUCGUUGAUCAAUCUCUUCGCCCUCGGACUAGUCGCCGGUACUCUGUCUUUCGGUGGUGCCUACACAGCCAUACCAUUUAUUCAGACCGAGGCAGUCUUGAAAGGAGCGUGGUUGUCGCAGCGUGUCUUUAUCGACUGUAUUGCCAUUGGUAACAUUCUGCCUGCGCCACUUGUGAUUUUUGCGACCUUUGUUGGCUUUCAAGGGGGUCUGGUGGACAACGGCCUUGGAAAUGCAUUCGCUGGAGCCAUCAUCAUCACAUUGGGAAUGUUUCUCCCUUGCUACAUUUUUACCAUUGCUGGUCACGACUUGCUCGAGAAGCUGGUCCGGAACAAGAUUCUGUCAGACUUCUUCGAUGGGCUUUGCGGCGCAGUCAUCGGUGUAAUCGCUGUAAUUGCUGUCGAGAUCUUGAAGUCCAGUGUCGAAGGGACGUCCCGGAGGGGCGAGGAAAACUCAAUCAAUAUCGUUAUCGAAAGAAUCUCGCAGAGUGCGUCGGCGGGUGUACUGUGCGUUCUGGCUUUGGGCGUGCUUUACAAAUUCACCAACAAAUACACAGCUUUGCUGAUAUUGGCCUGCGGAGCCAUUGCUGGGCAAUUCCUGUUCGUUGACUAG